AAACCCCAAAGAAGAAGUUAACAUUACAGAAGUUAAUGAAAUGGCUUCGCUGUCGUUCGUUCGAGGCGCUCUACUCGUGUCGUUUUCAGUUCUUUUGACAGUAGUUCUGGGGUUCGGACUCCCAACGUUGCUGAAUGCUGUCGCUAAAUGCUGUGGUUUUCCUGAGACCAGCGUGACAGAGUGCAUAGUCGGGGUGUAUUUCAUUUUUGUACUCUAUGUCGCGACACCACGGAUACCCAGAGGAUCGAUAGAGGUAAAGGGAAAGGCAGUAUUCAUCACAGGCUGUGACAGUGGGUUUGGUCAUGCCACGGCUAAGCACCUCCACAAACUGGGCUUCACUGUCUUCGCUGGAUGUCUGUUCAAGGAGAAGGGUGGGGAGGGGUCUAUGGAGCUGGAGGAGAUGCAGUCAGAUCGGAUGAAGGUGCUUCAGCUGGAUGUCUGCAGUGAGGAACAGGUGAACAGAGCUGUGGAGUACGUUAACACACACCUGGACGACUCACAGAGAGGUCUGUGGGCGGUGCUGAACAAUGCAGGUGUGUCUACGUUUGGUGAGGUGGAGUUUACGACCAUGGAGACGUACCGCCAGGUGUCAGAGGUCAACCUGUGGGGGGUUAUCAGGGUCACCAAGGCCCUCCUGCCCCUCAUCCGUAGGGCCAAAGGUCGUGUGGUCAACCUGGCCAGUAUGUAUGGGCGGAUGGGCAAUGCCCUGCGUUCUCCAUACUGUGUGUCUAAAUAUGGUGUGGAAGCAUUCUCCGACUGUCUACGUUACGAGAUGAAGGCCUGGGGGGUGAAGGUCUCCGUCAUCGAGCCGGGGAACUUCAUUGUGGCCACGGGCAUCCUGACCCGGGACAUUGUGGCGACUACGGCUGAUAAACUGUGGCGCGAGGCGCACCCUGGUGUCCAGGAGGACUAUGGCCACGCCCACUUCGACAAACACAUGGCUCUGAUGAGGUCAUACUGUAGCAGCGGACAGAAGGAUGUCCAACCCGUCCUGGAUGACAUCACCGACGCCAUCACGUCACGCCGCCCGUUCACGCGCUAUAACCCCAUGGAGCCUCAUUGGUGGAUCAGGAUGCAGGUGAUGACACACCUACCGGCCGCCAUCUCCGACCGUCUCUACUUCUGAACUCGAGGAUCUCUGUCUCUGAUCGUCUCUACUUCUGGACUAGAGGAGCUCCGACCGUCUCUACUUCUGGACUAGAGGAUCUCUGUCUCUCAUCGUCUCUACUUCUGAACGAGAGGAUCUCUGUCUCUCAUCGUCUCUACUUCUGAACGAGAGGAUCUCUGUCUCUCAUCGUCUCUACUUCUGAACGAGAGGAUCUCCGACCGUCUCUACUUCUGAACUAGAGGAUCUCCGACCGUCUCUACUUCUGGACUAGAGGAUCUCCGACCGUCUCUACUUCUGGACUAGAGGAUCUCCGACCGUCUCUACUUCUGGACUAGAGGAUCUCCGACCGUCUCUACUUGUGAACUAGAGGAUCUCCGACCGUCUCUACUUCUGGACUAGAGGACCUCCGACCGUCUCUACUUCUGGACUAGAGGAUCUCCGACCGUCUCUACUUCUGGACUAGAGGAUCUCCGACCGUCUCUACUUCUGGACUAGAGGAUCUCCGACCGUCUCUACUUCUGGACUAGAGGAUCUCCGACCGUCUCUACUUCUGGACUAGAGGAUCUCCGACCGUCUCUACUUCUGAACUAGAGUAUCUCCGACCGUCUCAAACUUGUGAACUAGAGGAUCUCCGACCGUAUCUACUUCUGAACUCGAGGAUCUCUGUCUCCGACCGUCUCUACUUCUGGACUAGAGGACCUCCGACCGUAUCUACUUCUGGACUAGAGGAUCUCUGUCUCCGACCGUCUCUACUUCUGGACUAGAGGACCUCCGACCGUAUCUACUUCUGAACUAGAGGAUCUCUGUCUCCGACCGUCUCUACUUCUGGACUAGAGGACCUCCGACCGUCUCUACUUCUGAACUAGAGGACCUCCGACCGUCUCUACUUCUGGACUAGAGGAUCUCUGUCUCCGACCGUCUCUACUUCUGGACUAGAGGAUCUCUGUCUCCGACCGUCUCUACUUCUGGACUAGAGGACCUCCGACCGUCUCUACUUCUGGACUAGAGGAUCUCUGUCUCCGACCGUCUCUACUUCUGGACUAGAGGAUCUCUGUCUCCGACCGUCUCUACUUCUGGACUAGAGGACCUCCGACCGUCUCUACUUCUGGACUAGAGGAUCUCUGUCUCUGAUCGUCUCCAUAUGUACAGUAUAUCAUAUUGCAUUAGGGUUCCGUUCCACUUUAGAGUCUUACAUUGGCAUAUUCUCCAUGGAAAAUAACAAGCUAUUGAUUCUCAAUAUGUAAAUCUAAUUUGAAUGAAUUUAGGGGUCCAGGGACCACUGUUGUAGGGGUCCAGGGACCACUGUUGUAGGGGUCCAGGGACCACUGUUGUAGGGGUCCAGGGACCACUGUUGUAGGGGUCCAGGGACCACUGUUGUAGGGGUCCAGGGACCACUGUUGUAGGGGUCCAGGGACCACUGUUGUAGGGGUCCAGGGACCACUGUUGUAGGGGUCCAGGGACCACUGUUGUAGGGGUCCAGGGACCACUGUUGUAGGGGUCCAGGGACCACUGUUGUAGGGGUCCAGGGACCACUGUUGGGGACCACUGUUGGGGACCACUGUUGUCGGGGACCACUGUUGGGGUCCACUGUUGUCGGGGACCACUGUUGUCGGGGUCCAGGGACCACUGUUGUCGAGGUCCAGGGACCACUGUUGUCGGGGUCCAGGGACCACUGUUGUAGGGGUCCAGGGACCACUGUUGAAGCUAAGGAUUGUUUGACACUGAAUCUGUGAUUUGAGCCAUUUAGAACAUUAUGCACUAUUGUCUUAUCUACAAUAUAUACGUUAUUCCACCCCCUUGGAAAUGGGAUUUUUUUUCCUUAAGUAAUACAUUAAGCUCUAAUAUUCAAGUGAUAAAGCCUGAGAAGCCGAUGUUUGGAGGAUAUAUUGUCCCGAGGCGAACACCAGCUCCCAGGGCAUUAUCACCUUUAUACGGGUUACCAACAUAUUCAAAUAAUGAUUUACAUAUUUUCAUUAAAAACAUUAUUUUGAUGAAUUUAUUCAUCCUUCCAUAAGAUAUAGUCCCGACACAAAUCUAUGGGUGAUACCCAAGCCGGUUGGUCGUUCGUUCUAUCGGUUCGGUUGACAGAGACGCAACCCAGUCGCUGUCCUUUUGUUCUGUAUCUAUGGACACGACCCAGUCGCUGUCCUUUUUGUUCUGUAUCUAUGGAGACGACCCAGUCGUUGGCCUUUUUGUUCUGUAUCUAUGGACACGACCCAGUCGUUGCUCUGUAUCUAUGGACACGACCCAGUUGUUGCUCUGUAUCUAUGGACACGACCCAUUCGUUGUUCUGUAUCUAUGGACACGACCCAGUCGUUGUCCUUUUUGCUCUGUAUCUAUGGACACGACCCAGUCGUUGCCCUUUUUGUUCUGUAUCUAUGGACACGACCCAGUCGUUGUCCUUUUUGUUCUGUAUCUAUGGACACGACCCAGUCGUUGUUCUGUAUCUAUGGACACGACCCAGUCGUUGCUCUGUAUCUAUGGACACGACCCAGUCGUUGCUCUGUAUCUAUGGACACGACCCAUUCGUUGUUCUGUAUCUAUGGACACGACCCAGUCGUUGUCCUUUUUGCUCUGUAUCUAUGGACGCGACCCAGUCGUUGUUCUGUAUCUAUGGACACGACCCAGUCGUUGUUCUGUAUCUAUGGACACGACCCAGUCGUUGGCCUUUUUGUUCUGUAUCUAAGGACACGACCCAGUCGUUGUUCUGUAUCUAUGGACGCGACCCAGUCGUUGUUCUGUAUCUAUGGACGCGACCCAGUCGUUGUUCUGUAUCUAUGGACACGACCCAGUCGUUGUUCUGUAUCUAUGGACACGACCCAGUCGUUGUUCUGUAUCUAUGGACGUGACCCAGUCGUUGUUCUGUAUCUAUGGACGCGACCCAGUCGUUGUUCUGUACCUAUGGACGCGACCCAGUCGUUGUUCUGUACCUAUGGACACGACCCAGUCGUUGGCCUUUUUGUUCUGUAUCUAUGGACACGACCCAGUCGUUGCCCUUUUUGCUCUGUAUCUAUGGACACGACCCAGUCGUUGUUCUGUAUCUAUGGACGCGACCCAGUCGUUGUUCUGUAUCUAUGGACACGACCCAGUCGUUGCCCUUUUUGUUCUGUAUCUAUGGACACGACCCAGUCGUUGUUCUGUAUCUAUGGACACGACCCAGUCGUUGCCCUUUUUGCUCUGUAUCUAUGGACACGACCCAGUCGUUGGCCUUUUUGUUCUGUAUCUAUGGACACGACCCAGUCGUUGCCCUUUUUGCUCUGUAUCUAUGGACACGACCCAGUCGUUGCCCUUUUUGUUCUGUAUCUAUGGACACGACCCAGUCGUUGCUCUGUAUCUCUGGACACGACCCAGUCGUUGCCCUUUUUGUUCUGUAUCUAUGGACACGACCCAGUCGUUGCCCUUUUUGUUCUGUAUCUAUGGACACGACCCAGUCGUUGCCCUUUUUGUUCUGUAUCUAUGGACACGACCCAGUCGUUGCCCUUUUUGUUCUGUAUCUCUGGACACGACCCAGUCGUUGCCCUUUUUGUUCUGUAUCUAUGGACACGACCCAGUCGUUGCCCUUUUUGUUCUGUAUCUAUGGACACGACCCAGUCGUUGGCCUUUUUGUUCUGUAUCUAUGGACACGACCCAGUCGUUGCCCUUUUUGUUCUGUAUCUAUGGACACGACCCAGUCGUUGUCCUUUUUGCUCUGUAUCUAUGGACACGACCCAGUCGUUGGCCUUUUUGUUCUGUAUCUAUGGACACGACCCAGUCGUUGGCCUUUUUGUUCUGUAUCUAUGGACACGACCCAGUCGUUGCCCUUUUUGUUCUGUAUCUAUGGACACGACCCAGUCGUUGCUCUGUAUCUAUGGACACGACCCAGUCGUUGGCCUUUUUGCUCUGUAUCUAUGGACACGACCCAGUCGUUGCCCUUUUUGCUCUGUAUCUAUGGACACGACCCCGUCGUUGGCCUUUUUGCUCUGUAUCUAUGGACACGACCCAGUCGUUGCCCUUUUUGCUCUGUAUCUAUGGACACGACCCAGUCGUUGGCCUUUUUGUUCUGUAUCUAUGGACACGACCCAGUCGUUGCUCUGUAUCUAUGGACACGACCCAGUCGUUGGCCUUUUUGUUCUGUAUCUAUGGACACGACCCAGUCGUUGCUCUGUUACUAUGGACACGACCCAGUCGUUUGUUCUAAAUGUUCCGUUGCCAUGAUGGCUGGCAAUGAUCUUAUUCCUUGCUUGCUAGCUAGUCAACUUUGGCUAACAGUCAUGUCAAAGUGUUGCCAGAAUAACAACAGUAGCUGCGGUUGUUUUAAUCUGUUUUCUAGUGAUUGUUUCGGGAUACGUCCAUAAUAAUGAUUUCUCCUGGCUGAGAACAAUCUCUCUCCAUCUACACAGCUAACAGUCACUUGAAACUGAAGAUGGAAUGACAGCAAACUAGCUACAUUUACUGUCUUUCUAUUGACAUUUCUUCCUAUAGAUCCAUAAAAAUGAUGCCGAGUCAUGAUUGACUGGCUGAGAUAAGCUGCUUGUCUGUCCAGACACGUUCAUUUACCAUGGGACAGCUGGAGAUCGAGUUUCAAUAUUGUCUUUUUUGUUGUUGUUCUUUUUGCAAACGCCGGAGAGGCAGACGUUAUUACAAAUCUCCGCUGUUGAAAACCAAUUGUUCAUCUAAAAGUAAUGUGAGAUAAUGUCUAGAUGCUUUUUAUAGUGGGGAUCAAGUUUAUAAGUUGCCUGACUGGUCUGAUGAGACAGUGGAUUGAGCAGCCAGAUGGAACAGACUAAAUAGACAUUUUAACGGCAUAGAUUUAGCUGGUUGCAACUUGUAGAAUAGACAAUGGCUGGAAUGCGGUUUUAACCAAUCAGCAUCCAGGAUUAGACCCACCCGUGUAAAUCUUGAUAAGUAUUCAACUCUCUGAGUCAUGUUAGAAUCACCUUUCGUCAGCGAUUACAGCCGUGUGUCUUCUUGGGUUGGUAUCUAAGGGGCCGAUUCAGACUGAGGAAAUAUACGCCUUUGCACUUCUCAGUUGGUGUUCAGACUUACACGCAUUGUGUGCCCACAAAUGUUUGCUUAGGUUUUUUUUUGUUGCCAAACUAACAAUGUCUUACUGUAUUUAAAUUAUUUGAUUUGAUUUCAACUAACUUAUGUUUUAAUUCAGAGCACGCAUUGUGCUCUGCAGGUGUGGCUACCCUGCCUUCAAUUAAUAAAUAUAAUUCAACCACUGAAAACCC